GGAAGACGUUGAGCGUUGGGCGCUGCCCUCCUUUUCUAGCUGACGGCACCAGCCGGGUCGUUGGUUGGCUGGUGGGCUGGCUCCACCUUUUGCCUUUGCCAGGGCCGGGGCGGUCAGUUUGGAAGGGCUGCGCACGCACGGACGGCGCAGGGUCGGUGGUCGCCUGAGGCGAUGGCGGCUGCCGGCGGUGGGGCGCUGAGUUCGGUGGCCAGUGCGGGGGGCUGGCGCCUGCCCAGCCGAGUGCUGGAAUUCGUCUUCUCCUACCUAGACUUGCGCGAACUGCGGAGCUGCGCGCUGGUGUGUAAGAUGUGGUACCGCGUCCUGCACGGCGACGAGAACAGCGAGGUAUGGCGCAGCCUGGCCGCCCGCAGCCUGGCCGAGGAAGCGCUGCGCACCGACAUCCUCUGCAACGUGCCCACCUACAAGGGCAAGGUGCGCGCCUUUCAGCAUGCUUUCAGCACUAAUGAUUGCUCUAGGAAUGUCUACAUUAAGAAGAAUGGCUUUACUUUGCACAGGAACCCCAUUGCUCAGAGUACAGAUGGAGCAAGGACCAAGAUUGGCUUCAGUGAAGGCCGGCAUGCCUGGGAAGUCUGGUGGGAAGGUCCUCUUGGCACAGUGGCAGUAAUUGGAAUUGCUACAAAGCGAGCCCCCAUGCAGUGUCAGGGCUAUGUGGCACUCCUUGGCAGUGAUGAUCAGAGCUGGGGCUGGAAUUUGGUGGACAAUAACUUGUUACAUAAUGGAGAAGUCAAUGGCAGCUUUCCUCAAUGCAACAAUGCUCCAAAGUAUCAAAUAGGUGAAAGAAUUCGUGUCAUCUUAGACAUGGAAGAUAAGACACUUGCUUUUGAACGAGGCUAUGAGUUCCUAGGAGUUGCAUUCCGGGGACUUCCAAAGACUUUUCUGUAUCCAGCAGUAUCUGCUGUGUAUGGCAACACUGAGGUGACAUUAGUUUACCUGGGGAAGCCUUUAGAUGGAUGACGUUUUUUACUGAAACUUGAAGAUCAAAUUAAUAAUGGAGAGAAAGCUGCAUGUAGGUUAAAAAACAAACAUGGGCAAAAUGUGUGGACAUGUUAAAAAACAUCCAGGAAAACCAAGACACUUGAUUUGGAAGACCAGCUGUGCUGCAGAGAUUGCUUUGUUUCCGUUUUCUGCCACACCAGAAAAAUCCUCAGGGUUUGCAGUUGGUUGAAUGGGCAGUUGCAUAAGAUUUUGCAUGCAUGUUGCAUAAGAUUUUGUUGUAGAACUGGCAAUGUGAAAUCCUGUACAUAUGCAAGGAAAUGCUAAACAGAAGAAGUUGAGGAAAUUGUCUGAGACUUGUAGAUAAAUGUGUUUUGUGAAAAGCCUCCCUUUGAAAAUUCUUCCCACCUGCCAGCCAGGGCUUUUACCAAAGGUAGUUGAAACUGGCUGGGUUGUAUUUAUUGUAUUUUAAAUGUACUGAGAAGCUUGGUCUCUUGACUGCACUUCUCCAAAGCAAAACAUUGUGCAGCUAUACUGAAGUGUAUUUUAAAGACUGAAUGUACAGAACGUGUUAAAAUUCAGAACAAAACAGAAUGUUGGUUUUGCUUUAAGUGGGAUGUAACUUUUUAAAUGGAAAAACCACUACAUAUCAGUUGUCAGUUAUGGUCCUAAGUUGGACAAUAUGUAUGUCAGUGUACUUCUUUUGUUUUGCUGUAGAGCAUCUCUUGUGGAAAAAGAAGUUACAUAUGCUUAUUGUAAAAAGGCUGCGAUUCAGUAACUAGAAUAGUGUUUGUAUGGGGAGGGGAGCCAUUUCUAGUAUGAAUGUUUUUGUUUGCUGAAGUUGGAUUGUGUUUUGCAAAUGACAAUAAGGGUUUACAUUCAUCUUCUGAACUAAAUGACUUGACAUUGAAAAUGGUGAGCAUUCUCCACCAAGUACUGAUGUUCAGCAUCUUCAAAACUAUAUGGUGGAUAUGCAGAAACAUUAUUGGGUAGAUUGUGCCUUUCUAAAAGUGUACUGCAGUACCCACAGCCAUUCCUUUUGGCCUGUAAACAAACCUGCUUUCUUGAAAUAGAUAGCAAGCUUUGCAUAUUAAACUAAUUAUUUUUAAAAUUAGGCUUUUAAAGUACUAUAAAAUGGUGUUUCAGAUUUCCUACAAAUGUGGUUUUAAAAUAUUUAAAGCUUAACUUAAAUACUUUGAAUCUUAACUGCAAUCAAAUCUCUGGCAUUUACAACUCAUAUGCAAAUUCUGUUCAUUCGAGGUUGGCUGUAGCUUACUGUGGAGACCAAGAAGGGUUUUUACAAAACAAAUGAUUGUGUGCAACAGAAACACAAGAUAACGGAACAAUUGCCCAAGACAAUCCCCUCCUCACCGCCAAUGUUUUAUAGCUUUGCCUUUCUUGGGAAGAAUACAGCAUUCAUGUAUAACUUACAAAGUUUGUAUAUUUUAACUUUGUAAGUUGUCAGUCUAAACCUUGGUACUAAAUAUUAUUUACUGUACUUCAUAGGGCUAUUUAUUUUAAGUAUAAGUGAUAAAACAUUUUGGGAGGAAACAAGACAUUGUUUACAUACUUCGUUAUAUUAUCUGAGACAAACAUUCUUGAAGAUAUCAAAGGGUUUGUUAGGUGUGCAGAGGAGGACUACUUCUCUUGGAUACUAAUUCUUAUUUUAACCAGGAAGACUGGUACAUACAACUGGCUGGGUUCUGUGAGUGCUGCUGAAUGCCUAGGUGUGUAUUUUAAUAAUAAAUUCUUUAACCUACAGGAGAAAAGAUUAUACCGUUGCAUGAAAAGUUUAAAACUGUAAUUCAUAACCUAAUAUCAUUGGUAGUACCACUGAAUCUCAACAUAGUAGCUCCAGUGAUCAUGCUGUGAUAUCUCUGGCAAAUCUAGUUCAGUUGGUCUAUGCUUAAUUCCUCUUGUCAUAAUGUCCUGCCAUCUGAAUACAUCUGGCUGUUCACAGAGCACUGCUGAGGACUGCCAUACUAAUGUUCAUGGUUUUGGGCUGCAAAGCACCUGUCAACCAGUGGCCUGGGAGGGUGGAAGCAUCAAGUGCUGGGCAGAAAGAGGCUGCUUAAAAUAUGGGGUGGGGGUUAAAAAGUAUUCAGGAGAAGAAAUUAUCUUAUGCAGUAAGAGCUUCAUGUUUGCAUGCUCUCAAUAGUUCAGUAUUUACUCUUUCCGCACCUUUACUUCUGCUUCCUCUCUGUUCAGACACAAGAUCAUCCCAUGUUUGUGGGGAGGGCCUGCAUAUGUGAAUCUUUUUCAUUUGUUCUAUGUGUAGCAUAGCACUCUUUAACAGGGCAAGUUCAUACUUGGUCUGUUUCUAAAAUGCAAAACUAAGCAGAUUCUCUCAACACAUGGUACUGAAAACAACUGAGUACAGUGAUGAAGGUGUUCAACUUUUUCCAUUAAAACUCUUGGGAUCAUUAACUUUGGAAUCAUGUACUAUGCUACAAAAUAUAGCACUAAAACAAAGAUCCUGUGGCAGGAACUAAAAUAAAAGGAAAAAAGCUUCCGUUUGAUUAGUAUGAUCCACCAGUGUGUACUUGAAUAGCUUGCCCUCUGCUUAUUUAUACAUUCCAGGUAAAGAGUGCUAGUCCUAAGAACUGUGCCGGGGAAUACUUGUUGAUUAGAUUUUACUUCCAUUUGUAUAGGAUACCUUGCUGCCUUUUCCUGUACACUGCAUAGCAUUCCAUUUUUGCCAAUUGCUCCAUAAUUCCUUGGGGUGCAGGGGACUGCAUAUAUAUAUAUAUAUAUAUAUAUAUAUAUAUAUAUAUAUAAAAUUAUUACCUGAAAAUCAAUUGCAAGCUGUAGAAAAUAUUGAAAUAAAUUGUUAAAAUACGGAAAUACU